UUUUUUGAACCAUAUAAAAUAUUAAUAAUAAUGUAUGAUAAGUAAUCGUACGUCCGACCUGUCAAUGAUGUUUGUACUGUAAUAUGAUAAAAGUAAUGUUUAACAUGAUGAGAUAUGAGAUAAAACAUGACUAAGUAGCCAGAUUAGUGAGGUGAGAGAUAGAGGUAAAGAUAGAGUAUGUAGGUUGAGGUGAGAGGUAGCGUGGUGGUCUGCUAUAGUAGCAGCUGCUCAUCAAGGGAUGACUCACACUUAAACAUUAACUCUCCUUCACCACCUCCAACACUCCCUCACCAACACUUUCCCCAACAAUGGCUGGCCUCGGCGCUAAGGAUAUACUCCGCAACGUGACGGCCCUCGAGCAACUCAUUGAAGAAAUCAACUUCCAGAGAGCCAAGGAAAUGCGGCAAUGUCUCAUGUCCAAAGACACAGAUACAGGGUUUGUGAUGGUGCAGGGUACCACUUACUGGACCGACCUCUUUGUCCGACACUUCCUCUUCCAGACGGAUCGCUCUACAGAUGCUGAUGAUCUCUUAUUUUUUAUCAGAAAGAAACACCUGAAAGGUUCACGAUACAUUCCAAAAUAUCAGGUUGGUGUCUGUAUGACAGUUUAGCAUGACUGAAAUGUUUCUUGCUUUAAUAAAGCAUUAUGGAAUUGAGAUUGUUGCAUGUGUACUAUUGAUAUACAUACUCUACAGUAUUAUUAUUGCAAGCUUUAAAUUAAAAAGAGUUUUGAUGUGUACCUUUCACCCAUUUAUUUCCUAAUAAGUACUUUUUAAUAUGGUAAACUAAACAACUUCAAAAAUAGUGUUGUGAAGUAGACUGCAGGUUUUUAAUAAAAUAAAAUAUAGCACUGUAUAUUUAAAAUUCAAAACACCUCCAUAAGUUUUGUUGGUUUAUAUAUAUAUGUCGUGCCGAAUAGGCAGAACUUGCGAUCUUGGCUUAAAUAGCAAUGCUCAUCUUGCUAUAUAGGACAAGUGAAAAUUUGUGUAUGCAAUAAUUUCGCCAAAAUCAUUCUGAACCAAAAGAAAAAAAUAUAUUUCACUGUGUUUGUUUAGUAUUAAAUUAUUGUAAACAAAUAUAAAAUAUAUUUAGUUGGGUUAGGCUAAAAUAAAUUGCGCUUGUUAUAAUAAGGUUAGGUAAGUUUUCUAAGUUCCUUUUGGUGCAAAAUUCUAAAUUUUUACAUCAACAUUAAUGAAAAA